GUUUUAUAUCUUUUCCGCUGUCACAAAACGUGCCACGACGCGCAAGCACGCGUUUGUUGAAUCAACAAGGUCGCGUCGAGCACGUGUAAAGCGCACCAACUCCAUGGAAAGGCCCCUGCUCACAUCCAACUCACCCUGCGUUUCACCAUGCAAGAGACUCUGAAUGACUCCCUCCCCCCUGUCCACCGCGAUCCGGAUCGUUGGGGACCCGCUUCCUUUCCAUACACGCUCACUCCUGGCACACCCACUCUGGCACCAGGUCUCACCGCUUUCCCCUCGAGCCCAACUCCGCCCACUUCUUUAACUCCUCCGCCUCAGUCUGUAUCGCCCAGUGGAUCUGAGCUUGUCGGUACUGUCAUGUUGGACCAAAUCGCCAAUCAUUGGAAGUUGGACGCAGAAGACAAAGAUCGAUUGCGGUUCUUUGUGCGCAUCGGAUCUCUGGGUCCUGGGCUCUCAUUACCCGCUCUUGCAACGGGCCUGUACUCGCUGGCCGCUGAACUGGGCAUUGCAGCUGCGGCCCGACGUCUUCAAGAGAAGGAACAACGGGAUUAUCACGCUGUCAUGCGCGACUUGGAGAUUCGAUUGGCUGAUACCUUCACUUUGACAACUCCUCAGAAGGAAAAUGUGCGCUCUGUCAUUGCCAGCCACAUUUUUGAGGCACGACGAACAUCGUUCUCAACAUUACAUCUGGAUGUGAUGGCGCAUCUUCAAGUACAUCAGCAACGUCUGGACCUGGACAACAUCUUCGGGAUCCCCACUCGAGUCAAAUGCUUGAGUCAGUUCGUCAAGCGUCAAUGUUCGGGAUUGCGGAACAGUUUCCGCACAGAUCUUGUUGCAAGCAUCAACGCCAAGACGUUCUGCAACCUUGCCACGUUUGUCAACAAGUCCGCACGCAAGUACAAAGGGAUCGAGUUGACUACGGAUACUUCGGAUCCGUACAUUAUCCAGGUGGCACUACUGCGCCGCUUUGUAUUUGAUCACCCCACCCUCUCAAAGUCACCCAAGGAAAGCGAGGAGGAUGAGGAUCAAGACCCCGAGGAGAUUGAGGAACGUCCAAAGAAGAGGGGUCGCACAACAAAGGGAGCGGACUUUUGGGGACAGGUCGAAGAAUGGUUCAAGGCGGAAAUAUCCAAGCGUGGAUCAAGUUUUACCACCCCGGCAUGGAAAGAGUACAUUGAUCAGAUUCUCAAGGACGACCGGGACACGUUCAAGGGCUUGAUCUCAGGAGCCGCUGUCCGUAUCAACAUCCCAAGACGUGCAGACCAAUCUGGGCGCAAUCGCGAUCUGGGAGAAGGACUGACACCAUUCACCGCCCAAUCCGAGAUGGACGAGGCCACCUUCUUCUCCAUGCUCGAGAAUGUUGGUGGUAUUCAUGUCAAAGUUCUCUGGGACAGCCUCCAAUCGUCAAGUCUCCUCUCUUCGAUGCUCAAGCCUCCGCUCUUCAACGCUCAAGGCUUCCCUCUUCAACUCCAAGAGCAUCGCCAGAACAUCUCGACAUUCAACACACAAGUGGCAACUGAUCAAGUCUCACAAGUCCUCUCGUGCGUGCAAAGGGCUCCAGGUAUUGGAGUCUCGAUGAAGGAAGCGGGCUUGGAGGACGGGCCUGGAGCGGGCUCAGAGGCUGGAUCAGAGAGCGAGAAGCGAAAUGUGUCCAGAAAGCGAAGUGUCAUGUGGUAG